AUGAUUGCAUCUACUCCAAUUGAACCAAUUGCGGUAGUGGGCUUGUCGUUCCGUCUUCCCGGUGGAACUCACGACGUGCAGGGCUUGUGGGAGCUUCUCGAAAGCGGCGAACGAGCAUGGAUUGAUAUUCCCGCAGAGCGAUAUGAUGGAGAGACCGAGUAUCCUGGCGUUGGAAUAAGCAACCACCGGGGUGGGCACUUCCUCUCCGGUGAUGUUUACAACUUUGACAAUGACUUCUUCGGGCUUUCCAAAUCCGAGGUUGCUGCAGUCGAUCCGCAGCUACGACUCUUACUGCAGCUAGCGUAUGAGGCACUCGAGAGUGGCGGAGUUUCAGGUGAAAACAUCCUAGGAACUGCAACCUCCGUGUAUACAGCAGUUUCAACCACAGAAUAUGACCGACACUUGAAUAAGGACAUAGUGGAGUUUCCAGCCGCCCAUACAAGUGGCGUGAAACCCUCGAAUUGCAUCUCCCAGUUCUUGCGCCUGCACGGGCCCUCAUUGACCUUAGACUCGAAAGACUCUGACGGUCUGGUCGCGCUUCACUUAGCGUGUCAAAGCCUGCGCAAUGAAGAUUCAGAAAUGGCUCUGGUGGCUGCAUCCAACCUACAUCUUCUUACCAGCACUGGAGAGAGUUAUCCCUUCGAUGAGCGCGGCGAUGGCUAUGGCCGUGGCGAGGCCGCAGUUGCCCUCGUUUUAAAACGACUGGAUGCCGCCGUGCGAGAUGGAAAUCCAGUGCGUACCAUCAUCCGCAACAGUGGCAUCGGCCAAUGUCAAACCAAGCUAGCUCGGAUGACAUACGCUCGUGCUGGGUUGUUACCAGAGGAAGUUAUGUAUGUUGAGGCGCAUGGCACGGGCACCAAGGCAGGCGAUCACGAAGAGCUGAAUGCCAUCGCAGAAGCUUUCGGAGGCUCUAAAGACCGCUCGGUUCCUCUUUAUGUUGGAUCUACCAAGGGCUCGAUAGGGCACGGCGGGAGCGCAGCUGGUUUGUCAAGCUUGCUGAAAGCAGCUGUCAUGUUGGACCGUGAAGUAAUUCCUCCAGUUGCCGGCUUCAACAACCCGCAAGCGGGUCUUCCAUUGGAUAGGAUUUCCAUCCCAACCAAACCGGUUCCCUGGCCCACUUACCCUGGAAUUACACCUCGUGUCUCGAUUAACAGCAUUGGGUCUGACGGUGCCAAUGCCCACGUCAUUCUCGAGCAGGGAUUACGGAACCCCCAUACAGCAUCGAUGUCUAGCUCCCCUCGUCUUUUCAAUUUUUCGGCCAACAGUCUGGUCUCACUGAAGGCGAAAGUUGCUGCAUACGAGAACUGGAUCAAAGAUAAUUCCGAGAAUACUCCGUUGGCCGAUCUCUCAUACACGCUCUUGCACCGUCGCUGUGACAUGGCAUAUCGAUUCAGCGCAGUGACCGAAAACCAAGAAUCGCUCCUGCGGCUCCUCGACCAGUCCCACGGACUCCCAAUCACGAAAUCACCAGCCACAGAGCCAGAUGUGGUCGCUGUAUUCAGUGGCCAAGGCUCCCAGUGGGCUGGCAUGGGUCGCGAGCUAUUGCUGAACCAAACAACAGCGUCUGAUGUCUUCCGUGAUUCUGUGCGCAUCUCCCGAGACAUACUUUGCAAAUUGGGUGCCAGGUGGGACCUAGAAGAGGAGCUUCUUCGUGACAAAGGGACUUCCCGACUAAACGAAGCUGAGCUGUCGCAGCCUGCCACCACGGCUCUCCAAAUCGCUCUUGUUGCCUUGCUCCGGGCCUAUGGGUUGAAAUUUCGCGGAGUCGUAGGGCACUCAAGUGGUGAAAUAGCCGCGGCUUUUUUGGCAGGUCAUCUCUCGCAAGAGAGAGCCUUGACAAUUGCCUUUCAUUGUGGCUUUUUGGCCGCUGCUGCAAAAUUGAAAGGAUUGGAACAAGGUGCCAUGUUGUCAGUUGGCCUCGGUGAAGAUGAUGUUGCAAAAUAUCUUGACAAUCUGGCGAACGGAGAGGCCGUGAUUGCGUGUGUCAAUAGUUCCAACAGCGUGACCAUUUCCGGUGAUCUGAGUGCCAUUGAUGAGAUAGAUAAGCGCAUUGCCUUGGCGGACGACGGAACCUUUCAUCGCAAAGUGGUUGUUGAGACGGCAUAUCAUUCGCACCACAUGAGUGCUGUGGCCGACUACUAUCGGUUCCGCCUUGGUACCUUGAACGCUGAGAGCAAUACUACUCCUGAUGAGAAUGUUGUAUUCGUGUCAUCUGUCACCGGGCAAGUGAAGACGGCUGGAUUCGACGCCGAGUAUUGGAUCUCCAAUAUCGUAUCACCAGUGCGCUUCAAUGAUGCUAUUCAAACACUUUCCAAGGAAGGUCUUCACCCCCAAAAACACGCCUUUUUCGUGGAAGUAGGUCCUCAUCCAGGCUUGUCCGGCCCAGUCCGACAGAGUCUAAGUCACCCAGAUGUGCCAAAGCUUUUGUUCGACUACCACCCGGUGUUGCAGCGCAAGGUGGACUCGAUAACCAGCGCGCUGACUCUGGCCGGCAAGCUUUUUGAACGCGGCGUCAAAGUGGAAUGGGAUACCGUGUCUGCAAUGACUCACGGCGCAGACGAAGCAGCGGUGCUGUAUGAUCUUCCUGCAUAUUCAUGGGACCAUUCAACUCAGCACAACCAGGAAUAUCGCCUUACGCAGGCUUAUCGCUUGCGCAAUGAGCCAUAUAAUGAGCUACUCGGUCUGCCAGUUCUUGAUGCAACAGAUUCUCAACCUCGCUGGAGGCAUUCCAUUAGCCGAUCGUCGCUGCCAUGGCUGGCUGACCAUGCCAUCAACGGAGUUACUAUGUUUCCCAGUGCAGGCUAUAUUUCCAUGGCCAUUGAAGCCGUGACGCAGCUCUCACGUCGGCGUUUUCCAGUCUCUCCGCUUGGGACGUUGGCACUUCACGAUGUUGAAUUCAAGCGGAAACUGUUUAUGCCAGAUGAUGCACAACACGUUGAACUUCAACUGAGCCUCCAGCAACAUCCUGGCGCGGAUAUUGCCUUUGACUUCUCAAUUGCGGCCCUUUCUGACAGCACUGGUCACUGGCAUACUCAUGCUACAGGAAGAAUCGAGGCUGAGUUUACGGAAGAGGACAGCAGUGUAAGAGCAGACACUCUGGUUGCGAAUCCCCCUCUGUUGCCAGUUGAUAGCCACAUCAUUGCCCACAAGGACCUUUACAGGGACUUGGAUUCCGUCGGUAAUACAUAUGGCCCUGCCUUUACCGGAAUCAGCUCCAUUAAGGUCGCACCUGAUGGAUCGCAAGCAUCUUCGUCCUUGACUGUACUGGACGUUGCGGCCAAGAUGUCCGAUGGGCUCCAGCGUCCAGCCAUCAUCCACCCAUCUACUCUUGAAAGCAUGUUCCAGACUGUCUUCCCGUUGCAGUCCCUUCGUCUUGGACCUGGGCCAAUCAUUCCAGAGCUCAUCGGUGAGCUGUUAGUCGCCACAUCACCCUUUCUACAUGCUCCAGGUUCAACUUUGGAAAUAUCCACACGUCCCAACUUCGUUUCUGAUUCCGCUAUUUGGAGUAUCUCUUCCACCUAUGGUGACAAGCAGGUGCUUUCAAUAUCGGGUGUAAAGUUUGAAAGUCUUGCAAAAAGCCCGAGCAGCCUCAAACGUAAUGCUGACGACGACGAUGAUACUGCGAACAUCUGUUUCGAGCUACGCUUGCAACCCGACCUCGAUUAUUUGCGGGCUGACGACAUGGCCCAAAGCCUUUCAUUUGCAGAUAUCGUUGGGCUUCUUGCUUCAAAAAAAGAUGAUCUAACCAUGAUCGGGCUCGGGGCUGGGGUUGAUCUGUCGGAAGAGUUUAUCGCUUCUUUCGAGUCCCCCAAUAACAAAAUAACGUCUUUCGAUUUUGUUGACACGUCACCUGGUCUUUUCGAUGAAGCCGCCACGCGUCUAGAGAGCCCCUCUAUACAGUUCCGGACCAUGUUCCCCACCAGCAACCCUAGUAUGCGUGGCCUUCAGACUAGAUCUUAUGAUUUGGUUCUGGCUGCCUCGGCCAAGUGGCUGGGUCAGGCUGAACUGCUGGUCAAACCUAACGGCUUUGUGCUUCUUCGGUUGAAUCAACGCGAGUCCAAGGAAUACAAUUUGCAGAACACAGUGUCCACGUCACUGGCCGAACACUUUGCUUUCCAAGACGACCCUAGCGGCAGACUUGUUGUCCUAAAAUGGCCUUCCAGAGUCCAUGAACUGCCGAGUAUCCACAUUCUCAUGCAUUCCACGUUCAAACAUGCCCCGGCCUGGGCGGUUGGUCUGGUUCGCGCAUUACAGUUUCUUAAUGUGAAUGUCUCGGUCAAUCGAUUGACUAGCAGUGCGCUCGAGGCUCUCCAACACAAAUACGCACUAGGUGACAACAGCAAUGACACCGUUCUCAUCCUUGAUGAUCAGCCGGAGCAUCCUAUCCUUGCGGACCCGGUCGCCUCAGCUGCAAUGACCACUCUCUUGGCACAUCCUUCACGUAUCGUUUGGCUGAGUCCCGAUGUCCCUCCAUCUUUCCAUCAAAACGAGAGUCUUGCCCGUACUGCGCAUGUCGAAAACGAUGACUUGCGUCUCACUACCAUUCAUGCAUCCUCGCUCUUCCUUGCAAGCGAAGACAACCAAAAGCGCCUGGUUGAUAUUGUGAUUGGCACAAUAAACCAGGUGUCCAAUAUGAACACACUCCACAUGGAACGUGAAUAUCGAGUUCGCAGUAAUGGCGCUGUCAUGGUCCCGCGUCUACAUCGCAGUGAGAGACUUGACUAUGCCAUCGCCGAUUCUGGAAGUGCUGGUGCCGAGAGUGAAGCGCAACGAAUCGCCACCAGUGAAAGGCCCCUGGUACUCUCGCCUGACAGCACCGGCUUGUUCUUGGAGGACAGCAAAAUAUUUGCGACGCAUCUAGCUGCAGAUUCUAUUGAAAUUCAGUCUGAGAAUUUUGCCAUCGCGGAGCUGGAUUCUUGCACAAAGAUGGGCUCAUAUGCAGGUCUUGUCACCAGCGUCGGUUUCAAUGUCAUUUCACUGGCGCCAGGUGAUCAUGUCAUUGCCCUGGCCCCAGUCGUGGGAACGACUCGACUUCGCCUACCAGUCACACUCGCCGGUAGGCUACCUAUGAAGGUAUCAGCCCCCAGCGCCACUGCAAUGCUUUUAGAAGCCAUGACGGCGUCGUACGCCAUCCGUGAAGUGGGUCGUAUGGUUCCAAGCCAGGGGACUGUACUCAUCCAUGGAGCUUGCACUGCCGUGGGUCGGGCUGCUGUGGGCAUUGCCAGAUCUAUCGGCAUUCGUGUCGUUGCAACUGCCGCCAGCUCGACUGAAGCUCGAGUACUAAAAGAGCAACUGGGAAUUAACCCCUCGGAUGUAUUGGUGAUCCGCCCUUCGUUCCAUCGACGCUUACCGCGUGAUGUCUUCCCCGGUGGACUCGACGCUGUGAUUCAUGCAGCGGGAAAUGCAACGCCAGCAGAAGAGGCACUCGCCCACAUCAAGCCGUUUGGCAGCGUGGUGGUCAUUGGACGCUCAUCCCCAUCGAUAUCAUCCAAUCUUCCGCCAAAUGUGGCUCUUCAUUUUGUCGACAUCGAAGGUAUUGUCGCGGGCCGACCCGAUCUGACUGCCACCCUUAUCUCCCAAGCGACAGCUGCAUUCCAGCAUAUACCGAUGGAUGGACUCGAUUUGGCGAUCCGAGAUGUCGAUGAAGCUGCAGAUGCUCUUGGCUUGUUGAAAGAUGGCACUGCAUCAAAGGUUGUUCUUCAAAUCCGCUCCGAUUCGACUGUCCCUGUUCUUCUUCCUCCAAAGUAUGACCCCUGGUCCAAUCAAGACGCCACAUACCUUAUCGCAGGCAACCUGGGGAGUCUCGAGCAGCAUAUUACGAUGAAAAUGGUGCGUCGCGGCGCCAUGCAUGUUGCCGUGGUGUCGAGUGGUCUCGUAGAUCCCAACGACAAAAAGAGCCUACAAGCGAAACUGCAGGCUAUCCGACCCGGAGCUUGUCUGUAUAUCCUUCAAGGAGAUAUCUCAUCAGAAUCAAGUCUCGAAGAUAUAUCUUCUACUCUUGCUGGCCAUGGUGCACCUAUAGUUCGCGGAAUCAUCCAGACGGCCGCCGCUGAAAUUGUGUAUCACGAAGGCGAAAUUAAUGGAAAGCCCGCUCUUUACCGUGUUUUUGAAUCUCCCAAAUUGGCGUUCUUCCUUUCAGUAUCAUCGGUCAACAAUCUCCUUGGAAAUAGCAUUGAUGCCAAUUCCACUGGUGUCAGCCCGUGGCAGGAUUCCCUGGCGCAUCAGGAGCACCCACAUUCGUCAUCCCAGACCCACUUCAUGACCGUGAAUCUUGACUGGACCGAGGACGCUUUGUUGGCAGAAGACGAUGAUACUCAGUACGAUCACCAGCGGGUUGGUUUAAAGCCUGUCAAAUUGGAACAUCUUACUCGCUUUCUUGAUUAUAUCCUGGGUGCGACUGUUGAACCCAACGGGGCCGGCAUUUCCCAGGCCGUCAUUGGUUUCGACGCCGAGUCUUUGGCCGGCGCAACCGCGGGAAAUGGCCCUAUUCACUCUGCCUUGUUCCGUGAGGCUCGACGCGGCAUAAAUGAGGCCACCGUCGGGGAUGAUGACUCUGCAGAGGAGCAAUCGUUUGAGCAAGUGAUCGCCGACGGUAGCGCGGAGAUUGUGGCCCAGUUCAUCCUGCGUGCAAUAACAAGAAAAAUAUCCCAGCUGCUUUCGGUAGAUGUGGGAACUGUUGAUGAAAUACUGGCUCUGGGCUUGGACUCUCUGGUUGCUGUCGAAUUGCGCAAUUGGAUCUUGCAACGGUUUGAGGCGACAUUGCAGUCGUCAGAUAUGCUGGUAAACCAAACUCCGCGUGCACUUGCGGAAAAGGUUGUAGCACAAUCUAGCCUAGUGAAAGCUCUUGGUUAA